AUGUCAAUAAUCAAGGCCCUCAUGGCAGACACCUUCUCCAUCUCCUUCUUCCUCCUGUGCGCAGCAGUGCUCUCCUUUAUCCUCCUUUUCAAAUCUUCAAAAAAAAGGUGCAGCCGCUAUAAGUUCCCCCCGGGACCCAAACCUUGGCCCCUGAUCGGCAACCUCAACAUCCUCAACAUGAACUACCCUCAGAGAACCAUGUGCAAGCUAGCAGAGCAGUAUGGACCAGUGUUCACCUUCCAUAUGGCCAGGAAGAAGUACAUCGUUCUAACUGGAUAUGAUGCUGUGAAGGAGGCUCUGGUGACCCAGGCACAUGACUUUGGGGAGAGGGGCUUGACUCCAUCGACUAAGCACAAUUUCAAUGGCAAGGGUGAGUGA